AUGUUCAUGAUUAUUCGAGAGGGAUCAGCAGGAGGGGCAGGUAGUACCGGCGGCAUGAGCGCUCCACCGGAGAGAACAGCGAAACAGGUUCAGGCCGCAAUCAAGAAGAAGGUGGAGAAACAGAGGAAGCAAGUUGAAAUGGGUGUGGUGGAUGUCUUCAAUGGUAAUGUAAGGCCUAAAAUGGGACAACGAAAGAAUCAGCCCAUCCAUCCUCCCAGCAGAGAUGAAGAUGGCGCAGAGGAAAAUGAAGAGGAGCCCGUUGAGACUGAGGAAUCGAAGGAGAAGGUGGAACUCGACCUAGUACCUAUCGUUGAGUCUGUUUUUGGCCAAGACAGGGAACUGCGGCCAGAAGAGAUAGAAGAACUAAGAGAAGCCUUUAAAGAGUUUGAUAGGAACAAAGGAUACAUCAACUGCAGGGACCUGGGCGAAUGCAUGCGGACGAUGGGAUACAUGCCGACAGAGAUGGAACUCAUUGAACUGAGUCAACAAAUAAGUGGGGGUAAAAUUGACUUUGAGGACUUUGUGGAGCUUAUGGGCCCCAAAAUGCUGGCAGAGACAGCGGACAUGAUCGGAGUGAAGGAGCUGAGAGAUGCCUUUAAAGAGUUUGACUCCAAUGGUGAUGGGCAAAUCAGCGUCACAGAACUGAGAGAGGCCAUGAAAAAGCUGAUGGGAGAACAGCUGAAUCCCAGGGAUAUUGACGAUAUACUUCGUGAUGCCGACCUUAACGGGGACGGACUGGUUGAUUUUGAAGAAUUUGUGAGGAUGAUGUCACGUUGACAGAAGCCACAUCUUCAUAAGUCACUACGAGGGACACAUGGUGCAGCUAUCUGAAUGUUUUCGAUAGGCUUCAAGAGAUACAAUUUGUAAAAAUUAUUUUUAAUUUCAAGUAAGCAUUAUUACGCAGUGUCUCAUUUCAAUAUAGUAAUGUUGUAAUUGUACUGUUUAAUUGAUAUAUUUGUCUGAUUAUGAGUGUAUUUAAUUUGUAUAGUGUGCUUAAUUUUUUUUAAUAAAAUAAUUUGAUUACAGUGGUUUGAUAA